AGAAAGAGAGAAUUAGAGAGAGCAUACUUAAAUUCACACAGACACCGGAUAAGACAGGAGAAGUACUCCAGAUAUAACAAACUGACCCUAGCCCCCGACACAAACUACUGCAUCAUAAAUACUGGAGGCUGAGACAGGAGGGGUCAGGAGACCAUAGACCAAUCCAUAGGUUGAAAUAUACAGUAAGUAUGCCCCCAAUGUAAUUCUAAAGUCUAAUAAAUCUACAUUGCGAUUUAAAUUGAUUAAAAUUAACUCAUUGUCUUUCGUUGAAUUUAUAUAAGAACAGUCAGACCUUGAUUACCAUUAUCUAGUGCAAACAUGGCAUGAUUCCACUAUUUGUAUCCGUUUGAAUCAUUUUCAAAUAGGGAAUUUUAUUUUGAAGGCGAACCGCAAAUUCCACUAUUGUGGCUAAUUCUUAUUGUGGCUCGCUUCACAUAGGUGUCUAACGUCACCGAUUCGGGUUUGACUCGGGGCUUGUCAGCUAGGCUACAUUAUGCCAGGUCAGGUUGUGGCGUCUAUGUGAGGGAAAUCCGCAUAGCGGGAUUGCAUGCUGUUUUAUGAAAGAAUACCUAGUAUUUUUGUCGAAUAAACUACCGGAUACAAAUCUGCUCUGAGUCCACGGAGGGAGAAAACACAUCUCCUGAUUCCAUUGCCGGCAGAAAGAGGGAACUUCGGCUUUUGUUUUGUUCUAAAAAGACAAGUGAAGAAAGAAGACCUUUGCAGAUCUGUCUGUUGGAUAUGAUCUGAAUUGUAAGGAGGCAAAUCAUUUUGAACUAUCCAUUGUGUUUCAUGGAACUUGCCAUUGGGGGCAUCGAGCACCUCCCGCCCCUUCGCCUCUAUCCCAAAAUACUGGAGGCUGUAGCAAUAGCAGUGACGACCUGCAGCUGGAUGAGACACGGGAUCCAAGGUACACUUGACCACAAUAGAAACCUGUUUUGGACGAUUUCUGCUCCCCCGCAUCGUUUACCUAACUCCGUUAGAUAGGUACGCAUCAUCUCGUUUGUGCGUAAAAAAAAGCUCCUUGGAUAUCUUCGGCAGAUCUCAACGCCAAUCUACCGUACGGACACCGAUUCGUGGUGCGUAGUUCAAAAGCUACUGAUCGUUUUGGAAUAACUACAGUCAGUCAACCAUUUAUGCUUUCCACGUCGGCUCAUUAGCUUGAAACUAGUUCCCAGUCGGCAUCGCUUCUGAAGGUAACGGCGUAUUCCCAACAUACCUGGUCCAAACCAUUUGGAGUGAAUUGAUCCAGUCCACUAAGGGGAAGCUAUCAGAGAAGUUCCGGAGAGUUGAAGCGCCGUGGCGAUGUUGGCGAGUGUUUGGAUUGUCUUCCUGGCUGUGAACAUAGAAGCUCCACUUUCUCUCCUCCCAUUCUCCUCCCUCCCCCUGCUGUAUUCUCCCUCUCUGCGCGGCACACUGAGGCCAUCUGUUCAACUCAGCCCCGGUCAUCGUCGUCAUGGUGAUACCGGGAGGCUUUUCGGAUUUGCCGUAGGACUCAUCCCAGGCUGGAGAUGGACAGAGUGUCCAGAUGGACUCCAUUAAGUCAGGCUUCGUGGGCUCCCAGGUGGAGCUGCGUUGUAUCUUCGUUAAUUCCAACCCUCCAGUCAAGAUCUCUCAGGUGACGUGGCAGAAGUUCCUGAACGGCACCAAACAGAACGUGGCCAUCGCCAACCCGUCGCUGGGGGUGUCCGUGCUCCCGCCCUUCAAGGAGAGGGUGACCUUCAAGCAGGCCGCGGUCCGCCACCGUACCCCGUCUCUGGAGGACACCACCAUCAUGUUCUCCAACCUGAGGCUGUCUGAUGAGGCCGCAUACAUCUGCGAGUACACCACCUUCCCUGCUGGGAACCGAGAGAACAUGGUCAACCUCACCGUGUUUGCUCGACCUCAGACCCGAAUGACCUUGACCACGCCCACCAUCGUGGCCCGCCCCCAGAAGCGGAAGAUGACCGUGGCGACCUGCCUCUCGGCCAAUGGAAAGCCUCAGAGUGUGAUCAAGUGGGACACGAGGCUGAAGGGCGAAGCCACGUUCCAAGAGACGCAGAAUGCCAACGGCACGGUGACCGUUAGGAGCAACUAUGUGGUCGUGCCGAGCAGAGAGACACACAAACAGAAACUCACCUGCAUCGUAACCUACAACAACGAGAGGAUUACAGACAGUGUUGUGCUCAACGUGCAAUAUGAACCGGAGGUGAAGAUCGAGGGCUUCGAUGGUAACUGGUAUCUGGACCGUCAGGAUGUCAGCCUCACCUGCAAUGCUGACGCUAACCCUCCUGUUACCGUCUACCAGUGGAAAGUGGUGAAUGGAUCUCUUCCCAGCACCGUGGAGAUUCUUAACAACUCUCUGAUCUUCAAGGGCGCGGUGACCUAUGAGCUAGCUGGGACGUACGUGUGUGCUGCCACCAAUGGGAUUGGGACUCGUACUGGUCUGGUCCAGGUUAAUGUUACUGACAAGCCGAUGGCCCGAGGCCCUCCCGGAGGAGUCUUGGGGGUGCUGGGUGGGGUCGUAGCCGCUGGGCUCCUCAUCGCCAUGGCCAUCACUGUCUUCAUGGUCUGCCGGCGGCAGCAGAAGACACGCACCAACACUGACAAUGACCUGACCGACCUCCCGCCCGCCCACAAGCCGGCCCCUCCCCCACCCAAAAAGAGGAGCAGUGAUUUGAAGGGCCACUUGACAUCCGAUGACAUCCAGGUGCUUACCCUGGACAAGAAGCUUCCUCUGCAGCCUCCAUAUUACGACAUGGUACCCUCUGAGUCAACACCCUUCACUAACAAGCUGAACUCUGGCCACAGGGACUGUGAUGUCCAGUAUGCAGAGCUGGAUACUGCGUCUCUGGCCUACUCCCCCAGCACACGGAGCUCUAUGCACUCUGCCGGGGACCUUGUCGAGUAUGCAACCAUCCAGCCUAUCUCACACUAACGCAUGCCAUUAUAGGCCUUUUCCCUCCGACUCUGGCUUCAAGAACUGUGGGUGGCAAGAACUAUCAAACCCGGCUGAACAUGUGAGCUACCAUCCAGUCUACAACAAGGAACAAUGUCUCGAGUCUCAACCCGCUCAGACCUACAGCAAUUCUGUUACCUUCUUACCCCAGAACCCCUACACACAUCCUCUCUCAAACAACCCCCUGUACCCCGCCAGCUAUCCCGCCCAAGGUCAGGGCGAGGCUCCCCGGCCCCUAUUCCCUAAGGAGCAGUCCGUGUGACCCACUUAUAUAUUUUACAGCACUGUAAGAGACAUCAUCAUUCUGAAAUACAUCAAGCUACACCAAGCUUUGCUGUAAGAGUUUCUAUGCUAUGCCCCUGCCCCAUCACCACCACUGUCUCUCUGUCUGUCCUAUGAGCCUGAUGAUGGAGUGGGCAUCCCCUGCUAUGAUGGAAGGGUCAGUUGUUUGUGGACAAGAACCCCUUGUGUGUUGUGCGCUGCAUGUUCCACUGAGGCUAUCAGUAGGACCCCCUCAUCUUGUUCUGCUAUUAUAGACACUUUCUCACUCCACUUUACCUCACUGUCCUAAUGGAUCACUGUUCUUCAACCUUUACUCUCUACUUCACAUGGACCUAGCUAUCUUACUGUCUUCACCUCACUGUCCUAAUGGAUCUUAUUAUUAUUUUUUAUAUAUAUAUAUAUUUGGACACAUGGAUAUUUGAGUUAAAUUCAUUGAUAAAGGUAACUGAAUAUUUACUAAGAAAAUGUUAUGCAAUUAAUAUAAACAAAAAUGCAAUGUCCUUAUGCAGAAAACGUGAGUAUACCCCUUCCUUUACAAUGGCUGAACUUAGAAUCAGGUGCAACAAAAAAGGUGCAUUAAGGAAGUCAUUAGAGAGUACCUUGGGAGGGUCCAGCCUUCCAUAAAGAUUAGAAACUUGGUUUUAACCAUAUGGCUGUGUGGUUACACAUCAUGCCAAGAUCAAAAGACUUCUGAGGCCCUCAGAAGAAACCCAUGAGUCUGGGAGGGGUUACAUAUCCAUUUCCACGCAAUCUGAAGUACAUUGUUCCACUGUCCGACGGAUCAUCCACAAAUGGAGAAAAUUCUAGACCACUGGCAACAUACAUAGGACAGGUCUUCCCACCAAAAUUAACCCAAGAGCUGACCGAAAGAAAGAAUAUCAAGACACCACUGCCGUUUGCCAGACAACACCUGGGUAAAGACCACAACUACUAGAACAAUGUGCUCUGGACAGAUGAGUCAACGGUGGAGUUGUUUGGCCGCAAUGCUAGACGCCACAUUUGAUGAAAACGAAACACUGCCUUUGAACAGAAUAACCUCAUACCAACAGUAAAGCAUGGAGACGGUGGCAUUAUGGUUUGGGGCUGCUUUGCUGCCUCAGGGCCUAGCCAACGUGCCAUCAUUGAGUCAACCAUGAAUUCCAUACUGUAAUAGAGAAUUCUUGAGGAGAAUGUGAGGCCAUCUGUCAAGAAGCUAAAGCUGAACCGAAUAUGGAUCUUCCAACAGGACAAUGAUCCAAAACACACAAGCAAAGCUACAACAGAAUGGCAAAAAAAUAAGAAAUGGAGGGUUAUGGAAUGGCCGAGUCAAAUCCCAGAUCUCAAUCCUGUAGAAAUGGAGGGUUAUGGUAUAGCCAAGUCAAAGCCCAGAUCUCAGUCCUGUAGAAAUGGAGGGUUAUGGAAUGGCCGAGUCAAAGCCCAGAUCUCAGUCCUGUCCAAAUGGAGGGUUAUGGUAUGGCCAAGUCAAAGCCCAGAUCUCAGUCCUGUAGAAAUGGAGGGUUAUGGAAUGGCCGAGUCAAAGCCCAGAUCUCAGUCCUGUCCAAAUGGAGGGUUAUGGAAUGGCCGAGUCAAAGCCCAGAUCUCAGUCCUGUAGAAAUGGAGGGUUAUGGAAUGGCCGAGUCAAAGCCCAGAUCUCAGUCCUGUCCAAAUGGAGGGUUAUGGUAUGGCCAAGUCAAAGCCCAGAUCUCAGUCCUGUAGAAAUGGAGGGUUAUGGAAUGGCCGAGUCAAAGCCCAGAUCUCAGUCCUGUCCAAAUGGAGGGUUAUGGAAUGGCCGAGUCAAAGCCCAGAUCUCAGUCCUGUAGAAAUGGAGGGUUAUGGAAUGGCCGAGUCAA